AUGCAUUGGCUGGGACUCUUGCUCGCAGGCUCCAGCCUAGGCGGGCUGUGUUCUGCGUUACCUGCAAACUACGAUCCUCGCAACUAUGACUCCCCGAUAGUCGAGACUCACCCUUUCGCCGACUUUGGUCCCAUUUUGUCGGAGCGAGCGGAAAAGCCUGAUUUGCGAAUCUUGCCGCUUGGUGCGUCCAUCAUGAGCGGUGUCGGGUCAUCGAAUGGCAACGGUCUAAGAAAGCCUCUGAGGGAUGCUCUUCGAUUUGAUGGCUUUGAGGUUGAUAUGGUUGGAGGCCGAAACUCCGGGACCAUGAAAGACAAUGAUCACGAAGCGAACCCUGGAGAUAUUUUAACCGAGUUUCGAACCCGACUUCAGCACGCGCUGGGAUACAAGGCAAACAUUAUCAUCAUCAACAGAGGUACGAACGACGCAGUGCGAACCAUAGACCCAGGCGGCGUAUAUAGUCGCAUGAAUGAUAUGCUCAACGAUAUCUGGAACUCCGAGGACAUGGGAAACGCUUGUGUCAUGUUAUCGACUCUUGACACUUCAGACGAAGCUGGCAAGGUUAACCGCAUUGGCAUGAAUCAGGAGUAUCGACGACUGGUCAAUGACCGAGCGGCGGACGAAGGGCCUCAGCAUGGCUGGAUACGAGCGGGAGACGCAAAACCUGAGUGGGCGGACUACAAAGACCAGGAGGAUCCACAUACGCAUCCCAAUGAUGAAGGACAUCGUAAGAUGGCAUACAUCUUCUAUAGAGCCAUCCUGAAGGCAGUCGCCCUCGGGCAGGUCAUGCCGCCGUCGACAAACUUUGAAGUGGCUGAUCCGGUUUGCGACAAGGUUUCUGGCUCAGGCCUCAAUCCGGGUGGUAAAACGCAGAGAGGUACUGACAACGAUGAUGAUGUCUACCGUCAUUACAGCGAAGAGAUGGGGAUCAUCUGGUCGACGACCGAAAGCGAGUGGGACCGUGACCAGUGGCGAUUCGCUCGACUCUUCUCGGACAAGUACGAUGACUUCGUUGCGUGGGUCAAAACCGGCACUGCCAAGAAUACUUUUGCCGUUUGGUCCAACUCUGGAGAUGGAAAGGGCGAGUUUACGAAGCUUUCGACCGAUUUUGACCCUGGCAUGUACUGCGACGCGGGUAGUCAACACUUCAUUGACAUGAACGGCGACGGCCUCGACGAUAUGGUCUGUAUCGAUGAAAAGGGCAACGCAUACCUCUCUAUCAACAAUGGAGAUGGCAGCAGAGGAUUGAGGCCGCCGACGUUCUACCAUCUAGGUCUGAUCAAGAGCACCGAAACAUCCAGCAGAGACAACGUGCGCAUGGCCGAUAUUGACGGCGAUGGAAGAGGCGACUACCUUGUCAUCGACAAGCUAGGCACUGUGACUGCCUGGCGAAACGGAUGGCUGGAGGACAAGCCCAAGUACUGGCAGGCUUUGGGUGUACGCUGGACUGAUCAGUACACAAGAGAUAUCAAGGGCGUUCAGUUUCAUGAUAUCAAUGGAGAUGGUCGCGACGACUGGCUUUGGACGGACAAGACAGACGCUACAACCACCUUCACAAACAGCCGCUCUUGCAAAAAGAAGAAAGAGGGCGAUGGUCUGAACGUCGCUUGGCGUCAAGGCUUCUUCGAGAAAGAAGGCACUGGGCCUACGCACAAGGGUUUUCCUGGCUACAUCACCAAGGAAGAGACCGAUCUCCGCAAACGCGUUCACUUUGCCCGGGUCUACGGUGGUUCAUCAUCCUUUGGAAAUCUCUCGCUGAAAGACUAUGUCUUCCUCGAGCAUUUGAAGCUUAGCAACGGCAUGCACAGCUUCAAGAUGCGCGUGUGGAAGAACACUGGCGGAGGCGCCUCCAAGCUCAAGAUGGACGGCAACAAGUAUUGCAACAUGAUGGAGCUCUUUGAGAAUCGAGGCAAGAAGGCCAUCGCCGACAACGACGCUGAAGGCUUCUGGGACUGGAGUCCCGGUGUCAUCUGGACGCCGCCUACAGCCAUGCACCGGCUGGAUUUGCACCUCGCUGACUGGGACGGCGAUGGUGCAUGCGAUAUCAUCCACGUCAACCCCAACACCAACAGGUUGAGGGUAUUCAUCAACGAGUACCCUAAGACGAAGUCUUGGCAAUUCACCGAGAUCAGCGACGUGCCCAGCCUUCCCUGUCGUGAGAAAAGAGGUGUUGGAAUCAACGACUUGGCUUUACGCUUCGCAGAUUUGACUGGCAAUAAGACAGCCGACUUCCUUUGUAUCCGCCCCGAUGGAUUCAUCACCGGACUUCUGCAUCAAGACGAUGGGCGCUUCAAGGUGGUCGGGCAGAUCAAGGUUGCCGAGGGCCACGACAGAGCCAUGCUUCGCUUUGCUGACGUCAAUGGCGACGGAAGAGACGAACUCCUGUGGAUUGAGAAGUUCUCGGGCGAUACUUGGGUCUGGUAUAACCAAGGCAAAGAUGCCAGCAGACCACUGGGUUCUGCGUUCCACUGGCGUCAACAGACAGAGAUGGCGUACGCAGGUCUCGCUGCCGGAACAUGUCUCUUCUACACGGAUCUGUCAGGCGACUUCCGAGCGGACGAGCAUUACAUCCUCGAGUUCAUCAAUGACAUCGCCGAGACAUCCUUCAGCCCCGCCUGUGGUCUCAGCAAUGUCGAGGGGGAUGAUCCCGAGGGCGUUGUCGACCCAGAUCUACCCGUGAGACCUGAAGACCCCGACAGCGGCAACGACGAAGUUCCGGAGGGAAUCUGCGCGUACCCCUUCCUCGGAACAACGCAGUUGACGCUCAAAAACAUUUGGGAAAAGUCGGGUGCCGGUGCCAGCCUGGCGAAGUGGUUCGAGACAAACAGUCGGGGAACCUGGUCAGCAAACUAUCUGGCAAAAGUUCUCAAUACGCAGGUUACUCUUGGGAAUAUCUUCACUUCUUGCGCUGGCCCUGCCAAGAGUUUCUCCGAGUACAAUCCUCCCGAGGCGUUUUACGUGCACAUGCAGAUUGCCGACACGCAUGACGGCAUAUUCAAGUUCUGGGGCAUGAUGGUCAACGACAGCGUCACUGCUCUGGGGAGUGACAUUACUACUAUUGUGAACAAGUUCGGCACGCCCAAGGACGACACCAAUACCAUUCUCAACAUGCUGGUCGGUCUCUUCACGAGUCUUGCUGGCGUUGGCGGGGCCAUAUCAGACGCUCUGCCGGGGAGCACAGGAGCGGGUGUCCUCGGCAGGUUUGUCAACCCCAUGACGCUGUUCGCUGGCGUUAUUGCUAUUGCAGCCACGACCGCUGAAAACGUGCCUGAAGUCGAUCCCGCCGGGCUCCAGCAGAACUUGAAAGACAGUUACUGUUGGAUCUCUGAGCAGUCGGCAGAAAAGAUGGAUCUGGAAGGCGGUAUGGGCACUUACAAACGGCCCUUUCACUUAUAUACCACUUCUGGGAGAUCGUGGGCUCUGCCCACAAUCUCCUCCUUCCACCUCAAGACGCAGCAAUAAUAGACCAUUAUUGACACUUCGUUCCAACCGUACGGUUGC